GAUGCUUAUUCAAUGCUUCCGCUACGGUGGUGUGCACCCUUAAUCUAUAGGAAAUCAGUUGUUUUUCGGUUACUAAGUUCUGUUGGCUCUCAGCAAAGAAAAUGCGUAAAUGUCACAUUUGCUUGGAAAAACGGAAGUCAGAAAACAGUUCCUGCUAAAAUUGGUGACACCUUUUUGGAUGUAGUUUUAGAUAAUGAUGUUGAUAUUGACGGGUUCGGUGCAUGUGAGGGUACCCUGGCCUGUUCAACGUGCCAUCUCAUAUUCCCAAAGGAGCACUACGACAAGCUACAUGAUCCUUUAACUGACGAAGAACAAGAUUUGCUAGAUUUAGCCUACAGCCUAACAGAAACUUCCCGACUUGGUUGUCAAAUCAAAGUGUCAGAAGAUAUGGAUGGUCUAGUUGUAAACGUUCCAGAGUCGAUUUAUGAUGCCCGUAAUUAAUAUCACACCUGAUUCAUCCAUCUUUGUGUUUCAAACGGUGUCACAUAUAUAUCAAUAGUUAUUCAACAGCGAUAUCAGUCUGUCUCCUAGGAUUCUGCACCCAAUAUAUGCACCACAUGUAUACAAUUAAAAGAAACUUAGAAAUGCUUACAAACUUUAAUGAUCUUCACCUUUUCUGAUAAUUUUACUGUAAGAUAUGUUUCCACGAACUCGUAUGUUGUAUUGAUCUGUUUAGAUACUUUGCAGUUUUCCCCUACUUUCCUGAUUAGUUUAGUUUGAAAGGACAUUUCUCAGGAAAAAUUUCAAUAGCAAUAAACAAUUAUGUACAGUGAUCGAACAAUAAAAAAUGUUUAACA